CAUCGUUGGUGUCAGUGGGAGGAAUCCUGCCCCAUCGUUGGUGUCAUGGGGAGGAGGAAUAGUGCCCCAUCGUUGGUGUCAGUGGGGAGGAGGAAUAGUGCCCCAUCGUUGGUGUCAGUGGGGAGGAGGAAUAGUGCCCCAUCGUUGGUGUCAGUGGUGGGGAGGAUAAUAGUGCCCCAUCGUUGGUGUCAGUGGGGAGGAGGAAUAGUGCCCCAUCGUUGGUGUCAGUGGGAGGAGGAAUAGUGCCCCAUCGUUGGUGUCAGUGGGGGGAGGAAUAG